UAGUAGGGGAGUGUAGUAGUCACGUGGGUUGGGAAUAUGUGUGAGGAGAGGUGACCAGGCUGACCGACUUUGGUUUGUUUGACACACACCGUCAUGGCGUUCUUCACUCACCACAUCACCCGGGCUCUGAGCUUUUCUACCGUCCGAAACGCAGCCAUUAAACAUGUUACUGUUAUCGGAGGAGGUUUAAUGGGCUCGGGAAUCGCGCAGGUUGCGGCAGCGACCGGACAUUCAGUAGUGCUGGUGGACAUGUCCGAGGACAUCCUGAAGAAAUCCACCAAAGGUAUCGAGGGCAGCCUGAAGAGAGUAGUGAAGAAGAAGUUUGCAGACAAACCCGAGGCUGGAGAGGAGUUUGUUCAGAAGGUGCUGAGGAACAUUUCCACAAGCACAGACGCUGCAUCAGUGGUGAAGGGCACCGAUUUGGUGGUGGAGGCCAUCGUAGAGAACCUCAAAGUGAAGCAGGAUCUCUUCUCUGCACUGGAUAAAGUGGCACCGCAACACACCAUCUUUGCCAGCAACACGUCGUCCAUUCCUAUUGCAGACAUCGCCGUCUCCACAACUCGCCUAGACCGGUUUGGAGGGCUCCAUUUCUUCAACCCUGUCCCUCUGAUGAAGCUUGUGGAGGUCAUCCAGGCUCAAGGAACAAGCCAAGAAACAUUUAACACACUCCUCGAGUUCAGCAAAGCAUUAGGAAAGCAUCCAGUGUCAUGCAUAGACGCGCCAGGCUUUAUUGUAAACCGGCUGCUCGUCCCUUACCUCACGGAGGCUGUGCGACUACAUGAACGAGGUCACGGUUCCAAAGAGGACAUCGACUUGGCCAUGAAACUCGGAGCCGGUUAUCCCUUGGGUCCUUUUGAGCUUUUAGACUACGUAGGAUUGGACACAGUCAAAUUUAUCAUCGACGGUUGGAGUGAGAUGGAACCAGAAAACCCACUGUUUUCUCCAAGUCCGCUUCUCAACAAGCUAGUGUCUGAGGGCAAACUGGGCAAGAAAACCGGAGAGGGUUUCUACAAGUACAAAUAAACAGAACUGGGCUGAA